AGCCACAUUGGCUCCGGCUGGAAUGUCCCCGGCGCGCCCGCCCUCUCGCGGGGCCCGGGCCAGGGCGUGGCCGCGUCGGCCCUCUGGCCAGGCUGGUGGCCGGCUGCAGGCCGCUGCGCGGGUGCCAUGGGCGGUGCCAAGUCGAAGCCAGAGAAUCCGAACGCAGGGAAGCCUUUUUUCUUCCUGGCCUCAUGCCCUCCGGACAGCAUGCAGAACGCCAUCGAGGUGACGCAGAGGUACGGCGGCUUCCGCUGCAUUGGCAGCGACAUGGGCAGCACCUCCUUCAGCAGCAAGGCGCCCUUUGCGGCUUGGAAGGUCAAGGCUGAGUCCCAACUCAUGACUCUGAGGCAGCUCUCGCCGGCGGGCCAGAAGGUAUUUGGCAUCGCGAUUGCGGGCUUUGGACAGACGAACGACGAGCGGCACUUCCUCAACCAGCUCCACAUCAAGCACGGCGACGAUCAGUUCGCGCUGAAGCAGUGCGGGGACGUGGACGACAUGGAGAGCGCUGGCUGCUCUCCCAGGGCUACCUGCCCGUGCCCGUCGGCGCCGGCCCCGGCCAGGCGGAGAUGCCGCUCGACGCCGCCACGGCCGCCCGCCCGGCGCGGGAUGCGAGGGGCAGCCCGCCGAGGCCGCCGCGGAGGUCGCGCCACCGCAGGUGCAGAUGGGCCAGGCCGCGGAGGGCGCCGAGCACCGCCGCCGGCAGGACGACGCGCCGCAGCAGGGCGCGUGGGCCUCCGUCUUCGGCACGCAGCGGCCGGAGGACUCCCAGCGGGCCACGCGGGAGCGCCUCCUGGCCGACCUGUACAGGCCCCGCCCGCUGGGAGUCCCGGGCGGUCGACGCCAGCAGCCCGGAGGAGCUCCGCGCCGCGCAGGGGCGCAUCUCCGCCUGCCUGCGGCUCGCCGCCGACGCCGACGCCAUAGGGGACGAGCUCAGCGAGGCGGAGGUGAGGCUGCGGGAGCUGUCGCGCCUCGCCGCGGACGCGGAGCGCGCGAGGCGAGGCUGCUGCCGCAGGCUCUGCUGCUGCUGCUGCGACCUCUGCGCCGGCACGCCGGCGGAGAACGAGGAGGCGGCCGCCCUCCUGCCCCGCGACGGCGGGGAGCGGCACGGCCAGGGCGGCGAGGUGCCCAGCAGCAAGGCCAGGGCCAAAGCGGGCGCCGUCGAUGGCAUCCUCGGCCCCGGCACCAAGUGCCGGUACCAUUCCGCCACAUGGGGCACCUACAUUUCCACGGAGGUCACCUGUUUCAACCCCGAGGACGGCACGUACGACCUCCUGGUGCGGCGGCACGCCAAGGUGGCCAACAUAUGCCCCGACCCCUCCGUGACGGAGAGCUGGCCGCCUGGGACGCCGGUGGAGUACCAGAGCUCCAGCUCUCAUGGCCGGCUACCUGCAGUGGUUCGCUCGUACAACCCGCCGACGGCUGGAGGGUCCGACGGCACCUACAACCUCGACAUCCGGGAGAAUGCCCCGGCCGACCGCAUAAGAUUGCGCCUUCCUUCGUAGCGCCGCCAGCUUCCCACCCAGAUCCUCGGGUCGGACAAAAGGUCUCGUCGUCCUCGUCCUCGUCCUUGUCCUCGUCCUCGUCGUUGUCUUCGCCUUCCUGGGGCGGUGGGUACCCUCCAGGCUGGCCGUCCUCUGGCGCAAGUGCCGAGCUCUCCUCCUUCGCCUCCUCCCCAUCCUUUUUUUGCUCCGCAGCCGCUUGCGCAGCCUCGCGGCGAAGUCGGAAGACUAGUGCGGCCAACGUGCGCGCCCGAAGGAGCAAGCUUGGCAAGGGAAGUAUCCUCGGCAGGGCAUAUCUCACAGAGACAGCCUGUGCCUCCUCCUCUUCCUCAUGCGGCUCCCCCAAGGUGCUGCCACUCCUCUUCCUCCCUCCUCCAUCCUCCUCCUCCUCCUCCUCCUCCUCCUCCUCCUUCCUCCACGAGAGUCCCUCGUCCGGCCCGAAGGGGCUCGGCGCCUUCCACUCGCUGCCCUGCGCGCCGCCCCCUCGCGCCGCGCGCGGCCCGCCCGGCGCCCUUCCCCCCCCCCCCCUUCGCACGGAGCCUCGCAAAGGCGAGGCGGAGCCCCGGCAGUGGCCCUCUGAGCUGCGGGCGCGCCCGCGGGGCAACUUCGGGGGUCCGCUGCCCCGCCCCUGCUCGGGUCGGGCGGAAGAGCGGCGGCUGGAAGCCCUCGGAGGUGUGCGGGCACCUGCGUCGGCUCUCGGCGGUGCCCUCCGGCCUCGGAGCGCCCUGCAGCUGCGCGCGCCUCGCCGAGGGUUGUUCUCCCGUGGCGUCCGGAGCAUCCCGAACGGCCGCCAGAGACCCGAGCUGAGCCCCGAAGCCUGGGCGACGAGGGUCACUUGGGUCGGUCGACAGGUG